UUGUGGCAAACUGUCAAAUUUGUAAACAAAGUUUGACGAAACUACCAUAGCUUUAAUUUUGAGAAGGUAUAAUUGCUCAAAUAACCGAAAGGACCUCAAUAAUGGUUUCAGAGUUAAAACUAAGGAGCAGUGCAAAAAAGUCAACUCUAAAGAAAAGUACCAGUGAAUCCAGCAAAAAAAAUGCCAGCGAUAUCGUGGAUGAAAAGAAAUCAGCAAACAGUAAAGAAGCUGGCAAGAAGAUAUUCGGACCCAUGGGUAUUAGAAAGGAAGACCAGAUCUGGUCACGAGCUGUUUUGAUGACGGGCGUUCUGGUAAUAGUAAUUGUGAUGAAAUGGAAGAAAACAAAUGAAAUCACCUGGGUAUCACAGCAGGAAACUGUAGCUAAAGUCAAACAGCCAUUAAUUUGUUCAACAGCCUUUCAUGAUGAGAUAAACAAGUUUGAAGGUUGUGCAAUCAAACAGUGUGGGCGUUUUGUGAUGGAUGGUCUCUUCCAGGAAGACCAACUGAACACUCUGCUGGGCAUAUUUAAAAAGGGGUUGCAAUUUGGGCAUUCUUCAGGGGGAGCAAGUAUACUUGACUUGCACUCAGGAGCUUUGUCGAAAGGGGAAAGGUUCAUCAAUAUCUUCAGCAAUCCUGAAACAAAAAACAUCUGGUCUGAGGCUGAACUAGCUUCCUAUGUAGAUGCCAAAGAAACAAUCAGACGAGCAAUUAUAGAAAAUUUUGGCCUACAAUUGGGAGCCAUCCACCUGACUUCCCCGACGUUUUUCUCCCGCAUGACAGAGAACCCGGCAAAAACCGUCCAUGAUGAAUACUGGCAUCCACAUGUUGACAAGGAAACUUACGAAACUUUUCACUUCACCUCGCUACUGUAUUUAAGUGACUACGGGUCAGAGUUCGAUGGAGGCCGCUUCGUCUUUGUCGAUGGCGACCGCAUGAAUCGCACCGUGGAGCCCCGAAAAGGUCGAAUUUCGAUGUUCACGUCGGGAGGAGAAAAUUUGCAUUACGUGGAGAAAGUCACAGGGACCCGUUACGCUAUUACAAUCGCAUUCACAUGCGACACGCAGCACGCCAUUCCAGACCCACACGUCCGCAAUUAGCUCCGUCGGGCUGAUUGGAAAACCAAACCAAUAAUAGAUAUAAUUUCCCAGUAACUUGAUACCUUUACCAUCUCGUCACGUGUUCCUUUUAUCGCUUUUUUUUGUGCAAUAAAAUCCUUGUUUGUAGUAA